UCUGUGUUCAUCAUUUUCUCUUUCUCUCUUCCUCUAAAUUUGGUGAUGGCAGUUGGAGUUGAUGAUGGGUUUUCCCUGACUACGCCGCUCAUGCUUGAUGAGGGGCAAUACGGGCCUUUUGUGAUUAAGGAUGAAGGAGUUGAGGAUGUGGAGUCCAACACUUACCUUCGUAUUUCAGGCACCAGUACCUUCUUCAAGACUUGCUUCAACGGCCUCAACGCUUUGUCAGGGGUCGGGAUAUUAUCAGUUCCAUAUGCACUAUCAGAAGGAGGAUGGUUGAGCUUGACACUUCUUUUUCUCAUUGCCACUGCCACUUUCUACACUGGCUUACUAAUUCGAAGGUGCAUGGAUGCAGAUAAACGCAUAAAAACUUACCCGGAAAUCGGCGAAUUAGCAUUUGGGUACAAAGGGAGAAUGUUGCUAUCAGUUUUCAUGUAUAUGGAGUUGUAUUUAGUUGCAACUGGAUUCUUGAUAUUAGAAGGGGAUAACUUACAUAAUCUAUUCCCCAAUAUGAUCUUGGAUGUUGCAGGAUUAAGAGUUGGAGGGAGAGAAAGUUUUAUUAUACUUGUUGCCCUCAUAAUUUUGCCUUCAGUUUUGUUGGAUGACUUGAGCAUUCUCUCUUAUGUUUCUGCCACUGGGGUAUUGGCUUCUUUUAUUAUCAUUGGCUCUGUUUUCUGGACUGGAGCAGUUGAUGGAAUUGGGUUUCAUGGAAAAGGAAAGCUUUUGAAUUUAAGUGGAAUCCCUACUGCUGUUAGUUUAUAUGCUUUCUGCUAUUGUGCUCAUCCAGUUUUCCCCACUUUAUAUACUUCUAUGAAACACCCACAUCAGUUUUCUAAGGUCUUGUUGCUUUGCUUUGUUGUUUGUACUAUGAGUUAUGCAUCAAUGGCUAUACUGGGUUAUCUAAUGUAUGGAUCAAAUGUAUAUUCUCAAGUGACACUCAACCUUCCAACUGGGAAACUUAGCUCCAAGAUAGCAAUUUACACUACUUUGGUCAAUCCAAUAACGAAGUAUGCAUUGAUGAUUACACCAAUUGUGAGUGCUAUUGAGAAUAAGUUUCCAUGUCAUCACAGAAAUAAGUCCAUUAGUCUCCUUAUUCGGAGUUUAUUAGUGAUUAGUACAGUCAUUGUGGCCUUGACUGUUCCAUUUUUUGGGUCUUUGAUGGCGCUUGUAGGAGCAUUUCUUAGUGCCACAGCUUCGAUUAUAUUGCCCUGCUUGUGUUACUUGAAAAUUUCAGGAAAUUAUCGAAGAUGGGGGAUUGAGCUGGUGAUUAUUGUGGGUAUUAUUAUAAUGGGUGUAGUGGUUGUUGUUGUUGGUACUUACACAUCUUUGCUCGAAAUUGUAAAUAAUUUGUAGAAGUUCCCUUGUUGGGCAGAUUUUGAACUA